AUGGCUGAUAAUCGUCUGACAUCUACCUCUGACAGUGACUUUAAAAUAAGGCUUCCAGUAGAUCUUUUAAACAAAGUUGGCGCUCCUAAUGUCCAAACAAUUUUAAAUAUUGCCAAACUUCACACUCAAAGAUUCCAACCUGUUUUUGUCAUGCUUGAAAAAGUCACUGGUGGAUUGUGCAUAACUGAAGAACCUCUCAAGCCACCAAAGCCAAAAACUGAGGAAAAGCCUAAAAAUCACGCUGUGGAAAUUCCGAAAGUGCCUCAAAGGAAACAUCAGAGGACUUUUGGGGAGAAGCAAUAUACACUCCUAUAUCAUUUUUUAGCUGAAUUUUACUAUAAAAAAUAAUUUUAUUACAAAUAUAGCAGUUUUAAUAAUCUAAAAUAAUUUUUAUUAUAAAAAUGCUAUUAUAUUUUUUAUGAAAAUGGAAAUGUAUAUGCCCAGUAGAGACAUGUGGACGGCAAUUUAUGGACAACUCCAAGCUCAAUAGGCAUAUGCUAGUGCAUACCGGAGAGAAAAACUUCAAAUGCGAAUUUUGCGGUAAAAGAUUCUCGCUGGAUUUUAAUUUAAAGACUCACCUUAGGACACAUACAGGUGAGAAGCCUUAUCAGUGCUCAGUGCCAGGGUGCAAUAAGAGGUUUACGCAAUCCAGCAACUUGACUGCUCAUGAAAAGACUCAUUUUAUGAAAGAAGGAGAAGAAAAGCCGAGACAAGUAAGACAUGUCCCAGAACCAGAAAUUGUGACUCUGCCUUCGAUUCCUCAGCAAGCAUUCUCGUUUGAGUCAGCAUUCCCAAUGAAUUUUGAUGUAAUGUGUGUGAGUGCGACACCUGCACUUCCUAAUCCAUAA